CAAUGCGCAUGCUCAGUGAGAAGACCAAGGCUGCUGCUGCUUACUGAUCAGAAGACAAGCUCCUUGGCUUCUGCUAGCUUAAGUAAGACAGAGACAGCACAGCCAUUGUUAGAGUUGCUUUCUCACUGUGGGAGAGACAUAGAAAUGAAUGAGUGCAGCACUGCUCAUCAUGCAGGGGAUUUGCUGAUGCUAGUGCGAUUCUGACCUGCUCGGACUAGGAGGGGCUUUCUCCAGUCUCAAGCCUGCUACACAACAACUAGAGCUGCGACUAGAGGGUUGUGAUCGAACGGAUUUUUAAGUGGACGUGUAAGCGUGGGCAGAAGAAUGGAGGCUCCACUUGUCUGUCUCGAUGAGGAGUUUGAGGAUCUUCGGCCAUGCAAAAUGGACGACCUGGGGCUGGAACAGGCACCACACGGACCUUAUGGGACCAUUCCUCUUGCUCCGCUGAGCCGGGAGGACUUCUCUGAACUGGAGAACUUCUCAGAGAUGAUGAGUUUCAAGUCCAUGGAGGACCUGGUGAACGAGUUCGACGAGAAGCUAAACGUGUGCUUCCACAACUACAACACCAAGACAGAGGGCCUCGCUCCAGUACGCAAUCAGUCACAUGUUGAGGAGGAUGAGGAGCGGCUGCAGGAUGAAGAUGUGUGGGACGCUUUGACUGAUAACUAUCUGCCGUCCUCUGUGUCCAGCUGGGAUGGCCCGAAUUCAGAGACACUCAAUGGCAACCUUUCAGAUGAUGAGAUACAUGAGAAAGAGGAGGAUGAGAUGAAUGAGAAGAAUGAAAACGCCAACUGUCUGACUGAAGAACCUCUCAUCACGGCUGACCAGGUGAUAGAGGAGAUUGUUGAGAUGAUGGAGAACUCUCCUGACCCGGGUGAGACGGAGGAAGAGGAGGAGGAGGAAGAAAGCGGAGACUCCUCCCCUAAGACUAAUCCCUCCCUCUUGGAGGAGAUCCGCAUGCUGUCUCAGGCUGCCAACAACAACAAUUGCUCCUAUGAAGGAUUAAGGCUGAUGCCAAGCUCAGAUCUGCUGGAGCUUUUGGGCCGUGUAGAAAUGGCAGUAAGGGAGUACUCGGAGGAACUGGUGACUCAGCUGGCACGGAGAGAUGAGCUUGAGUUUGAGAAGGAGGUGAAGAACACGUUCAUCACGGCACUCAUGGAGGUGCAAAACCGGCAGAAGGAGCAGCGAGAGCUCAGCAAGCGCCGGCGUAGGGACAAGACCAUGAGUCUGCAGGGGUCCGGCCUCCCUGAGAAGACCGGCGGCAUGCCAGUGAAGCGUUUCAGUAUGGAGGGCCUGUCUAACAUCCUGCAGACGGGAAUCAGACAGACUUUUGGAAACUCAGGAAUGGACAAACAGUAUCUAAACACAGUGAUCCCAUAUGAGAAGAAAGGAGCUGCUCCAUCUGUUGAGGAACUUCAAAUGCUGACAAAAAUCCUUUAUGCCAUGAAGGAGGACAGUGAGAAAGUCCCCACUCUGCUAACUGACUACAUACUAAAAGUCCUGUGUCCCACGUAAGCAGCUGUGUAUGACGUCCUGUCCUGGUUGUGAGGAAGGCUGGGAUCUGCCUCACUCUCACUUUCUGUGCUUCAGUCCCAGCUGCAUGAGCUCCUUGACCCUUUCAUCAACAAGGGACCCUUAAAAUCUAACCAUCCUCCUUUUUCGCUUAGCAUAAUCCAGCUCAACUCUCUGUCCUCCCUUCGUGUGCACAUAUCCACAAGGCCAGUACAUCAGAGCCCGGUGCUUUCCUAUUUUUUUCUAUACUUUACAAUGGGCCAAAGCCAUAUGGAGCAUGUUAGGAGGAAACAGACAAAUAAGAAUUCGUUUCCAUCAGGUAUUCUCUAUUCCUUUUUUUUUUUUCUUUUUUUUUUCUCUUUUUAAAGAAAAGCCCACUUGAGGGCGCUAUGAUUCUUCUUGUCUGUUCAAAGGUGUUCGCAGGUGCAUCGGGGAACGUACGAGCACAUUCUUGACUAGUUUGUCCAUCCGUCACCUUCUGCUUUUGCUGUUCUGUACUGUGGCUUCAUCUUAGUAGAUAGCAUGUUUUAAUGUUUGUAUUAAUACUAAUUUAUAGAAAGACAUCCACUGAUAUACAGAGGCCACUUCUUUUAUUUUUGAUCAACAAUUUGUUUGAGAAUAUCAUGUUUUAUUUUUUAUCACUAAUCGUGUCAGUCGUUAUCACCAGGCAGUACAAUUUCCAUCCUGAGUUUAGUGUCAUCUAUGCCAUGAUACGAGCAUAUCUUUAAUGUAUAUAUUUCUUCUUUAUUACGGGGCAUGGAGGAAAGUAAAGUAUGGCUAAAUCAAAGUCCAAAUAAAUGUCAAACCCUGUGAAAAAAAUGCCUAGUUAAGUUGUUUUUUCUUUUCCAUUCUUUAUUCUCUUUCUCUCUGGUUUUAACUGAAUACUGGAACAAAAGGAAAAUAGAAACAAGUGAUUUUGCAUAGGAAAAAAAAUCUGUCAUUCAUUUUAAUUAAAAAUGGCAAUAAAAAGUAUUUCCAUGUACAGAUGUCCCAUAUACAUAACAGUUCACAAUGCUCUUCAAGACAGUGCACCUUAUUAAAAGUCCAUAUAUUCAGUUUGUGCUAUGUACAUGAAGCAUACGACUGGGAAUGCACAAAAGUGCUGGUUAGAUCAUCCUGUUAAUAAAAAAAAUACAAACAACCUCCUGCAAAACCUAUAAUAAAGCAUACAGUAAUAUUUGGAAUGUUAAAAACAUUAUAAAGCUCCAAAUAAAAAAAAGUAAAUGAAAAACAAAAUGUAAUGAUUUGCAAAUCUCAUAACCCAAUAUUUUAUUCAAUAGGAAACAUAUUCAAUGUUCAAACUAAGAAAAUUGACUAUUUUCUCUUCUUUUAAUAACAGUCUGUAUACUGUGUGUCUGGGAACUGAGGAGACCAGCUGCUGGAGUUUAGGGAAAGGAAUGUUGUUUUGUGUAAUACAGGAUUCCAGCUGCUUAACGGUCUUUGGUCUUCUUCAUCAUAUUUUUUAUUUAAUGAAUGAAAUGUUUAUUGCGCCAAAUGGUUUCAAUUGUUGAAAUAUCUGGUCUGCUAGAUGCAAUACAGCAGAAAAAAAAACUUUGUUCCUCUCCCAAAACUCCAUCAAAUAGUCUCCUCAGUUCCCAAUAUAUGGACUGGUAUUAAAAGAAGAGGGGAUGCUAUAGAGUGGUAAACAUGGCCCUGCUUUAAAUUCCUUAUUCCUAUUCUUACCUUAUAAUAUUUUCUAUGUUCAAUUGUGAAUAAAAUGUGGGAUUGUGAGAUUUUGCAAAUCAUUGCAUCGUGGUUUUUUUUUUUUACAUUGUACUGUAUACACUUUUUUUUAUACAAGUUUACACAUUUUAUAGCGUCUUAACCUUUUUGGAACUAGAGAAUAAUUAAACAAUAUAUUAUGUAAUUGCAAUAAAAAAUAAAACACUUCAGCUUACUUACAGCAAACAGCAUAAUAAUUACUAAUACAGCAUUCUGUAUAGAUUUCACAGGGAAAAUUGUAAAAGGACCACAAUAUUUUGGCAUGUAUACAGUAUGUAUAUAAAGACAUGCACCUGAUACCGCUGAUCCAUUGACACAGUUUGUUCUUUUUUAAUUCUCUGUACUAGAAUAUUAGAAAAGUAAAUACUUUGCAUCCUGUGGACAAAUAUAUUUGAUGAGUAUAUUAGUUCCAUUGUAGCACUGUAUCUUGAGCAAAAUACAUA